AUGUCGUCCAACAGUGACGACAGAGCCCACGAGGCUCCUGAGAUUCAGGACGCCGGGGCGACGCUGACCCAUGAGAAGAGCCACCACUUUGUCACUGAGUCCGGCCACGAUCUUGGCCACACCGAAUCUGCCGUCCACCAUCUCGCCGAGAAGCUUGGCGAUGGCAUCGGCGGAACCGCCCCCGAGGCGGAUCUGGUGCACAUCAUGGACAAGAUUGAUACUCUCACCAUUGACGAUUGCAGAGAAAUUACCGAAAAGAUGCUCCACGAUCACGAGUUUGACUACAACUUUUCGCCCACGCUGCGCGAGAAGCUGAACCGCCUUCUGGACGGCCCAACCAAGGAGCAGAGCCAGGACGAGUGGGAGCUCGAAUUCAAAACCGAGGUUGCUGUCUGCAAGUUUUACUCUCCAUACCCCGAAGUCCGCGCCAUCACGGAGCCCUACGAUGACAUUGACUUGCCCUGCGAGACUAUCCGCGCACACUUGCUCGGCUACAUUUGGGCCGUCGUCGCCCAGUUCACCAACUCGCUCUUCAACUCUCGCUUCCCCGCCGUCACCAUUGCUUCUGUCGUCGUUCAGGUGUUCCUCUACCCUUGUGGUAUGCUUCUUGCUGCCAUUCUCCCCGAUUGGGGUUUCAACUUCCGUGGAAAGCGUGUCUCUCUCAACCCUGGUCCAUGGUCAUACAAGGAGCAGGUUUUGGCCACCGUCAUUGUCGAUGUUGGCCUGACCUCUGCUUACUGCUUCUGGAACAUUCAGACCCAGACUGUCUACUACAAGGACCAAUGGUUGACCCCUACAUACGGCUGCUUGCUGCUGCUUUCUACCCAGCUAAUGGGCCUCGGUUUCUCCGGCCUGAUUCGCCGCUUUGUUGUCUAUCCCGUCGAGACCAUUUGGCCCAGCAUCCUCCCUACCCUCGCCCUCAACAGAGCCCUACUCGUGCCCGAUCGCAAGGAAACUAUUCACGGCUGGAGAAUUACCCGAUACAAGCUUUUCUUCAUCAUCUUCGCAGCCAGUUUCUUCUACUUCUGGCUCCCUGGCUAUCUUUGGACUGGUCUUGCUAUCUUCUCUUGGAUGACUUGGAUUGCGCCCAACAACUUCAACCUGGCCAUGGUUACAGGCGGCAACUCUGGUCUCGGCUUCAACCCUCUCCCCUCGCUUGAUUGGAAUACCUCCACCAACCUCAUCCUUCAGCCUUUGGCGUGGCCGUUCUUCUCUGUGGCACAACAGUACGCAGGCGCCGUGUUUGGUGGUCUUCUUAUUCUUGCCCUCUACUACACCAACACCGCUGGUUCCGCCUAUCUACCUAUCAACUCUUCUGGUAUUUUCGAUAACCAAGGCAAUAGGUACAACAUCUCCAAGGUCCUUAUUAAAGGUACGGCCAUUCUUGAUGAAGAGAAAUACAAGGCGUACUCUCCGCCAUUCUACAGUGCUGGUAACUUGAUUGUGUACGGUACAUUCUUUGCAUUUUACCCUCUCACAAUGGUCUUUAUUCUCUUGGAUGCGUGGCGCCCACUGUCCUCCGCCUACAAGGCUGUCGGUAGAGCCAUGGUCUCAACCACCCGCCGCAUCUUCAGCCAGACUGGAAAGGCUCUCGGGGCAUUGGCCAAGGGUAGACUUAGAGAGGCUGGUUCUCACAUCUACAACAUGUUCGAUGAUGGAACUUCCAUCUACGACGAGUUUGAUGAUCCUCUGACCAACAUGAUGCGCAAAUACCCUGAAGUGCCUGACUGGUGGUUCCUCAUGAUUGCCCUCAUCUCCUUCAUCUUUGCCAUCAUCAUCCUCACCCAGUACCCUCAGUUGGAUACCCCUGUGUGGACCAUCUUCUUCGUCAUCGGUCUCAACCUCGUCUUCCUCAUUCCCAUGUCGUACCUCUACGCCAUUUCAGGUACUACCGAAGGACUCAAUGUCGUUACUGAGCUUAUCGUCGGUUAUGCUCUGCCCGGUCACCCUGAGGCUCUCAUGUUCGUCAAGGCCUUCGGCUACAAUAUCAAUGGUCAGGCCGAUACCUAUAUUUCUGACCAAAAGAUGGGCUUCUACGCCAAGGUUCCCCCUCGUGCCAUGUACCGUGGACAAGUCAUCAGUUCCGUCAUCACCGCUCUGGUGGCCUAUGGCGUCGUUCAGUUUGUUGACACCGAUAUUGACGGUAUUUGCACGCCAGACCAACCCGCCAAAUUCAACUGCGCAAAUGGAUCGCAAGUUUACUUCUCUGCAUCCGUGGUGUGGGGUGCCAUUGGUCCCCAGAGAAUCUUCUCGCAAAUCUACCCUGCUAUGAAGUACUGCUUCCUCUUGGGUUUCCUUCUUGCUCUCCUUUGGUGGGGUCUUAAGAACUACGGUGGUGCUAUCCGCAACGGUGCCAAGCGUGUUCUCCCUUCAGCCCUCUACACUCCCCUCAACUGGGUUCUCUUCAAGCCCAUUGGUGCGUUCAAGCACGUCCAUCCUUCUCUGGUCCUCAACGGCAUGCUCUUUUGGGCUCCCAACAACCUUUCCUACCUUACCGGUGCCUUCUACGCGAACUUCUUCUUCAUGUACUACCUCCGAAAGUAUAAGACUGCGUGGUGGGAGAAGUACAACUACAUUGUUGCGGCUGGUCUCGCGGGUGGUGUUGCCUUCUCCGCCAUUAUCAUCUUCUUUGCUGUCCAGUAUCACGAGGUCGAUGUAACGUGGUGGGGCAACACGGUGAACAGUCUCGGCGUGGAUGGUGGUGCAGAGGGUGCCCGAUCAACUCUCUUGGAAAUUCCUCCCGAGGGCUUCGGUCCCAAGAGCUGGUACUAA